AGUUACCCCCUCUCUUUCUCUGUUAGAAGCCCACCCUUCACCCUAUUACAAUAACUUAUUGACAUCUCUUUCUGAGAGGAGGAUAUAGCUGUUCAGCCCAAGGGUCUUCCCUCCCUCUCAUCCUCGCUCCCCCCGUCUUCUCUAUACCCGAAUUGUCGCGAUAACGGAGAGCCUUCCUUCCCCCGGAAGGCAGUUAAUAUCCAGGCGUCAUGGCGGAGAUCCGGUCCAAGAACGUCUACGAGCUUCUUGGCAAUGACCCUGAACUCGACCCCAACAGAGCUCCCGAGCCCCCCACAAAGGCUCUAGACAAGCCUACACCGCGCGUGGGCAAACGUGACGCUCCCAAGGAGGCACCCGCUCAGCAGCAGCAGCCCCGUGAGAACACUGGCCGCCGUGGUCAACGCUUCCAGGGCAACGAAGCCGCUUACCGUGACCGUAACGCUGGCCGCCGCAACAAUGUCGACCGUCCCGUUGACGAGGGCAACAACCCUGAGAGACGUGGAUUCAAUGCCCGUGGUGACCGUGGUGGACGCUCCCGCAACGACCGUCAGAACCGCAGCGGUGUGACCGACUCCCGCAAGCAGAUCAACCAGGGCUGGGGUGGCGAGACCGGCGACAAGGAACUCGACGACGAGAAGGCCGGCCAGAAGAUCGCCCAGACCGACGAGAACGAGCCCCAGACCCCCGCCGGCGAAGAGCCUGAGGAGGCCGCCGACAAGGCCAAGUCCUUCGCUGACUACCUGGCCGAGAAGGCUGCCGCUGGUGACCUGAGCGCUAAGCCCGUCCGCGCCGCCAACGAGGGCACCAAGCCCGACGGCAAGUGGGCCCAGGCUAAGGAGUUCAAGCGUGGCGAAGAAGAGGAGGAGUACAUCAAGGGCAAGGACGACAACCGCAGCAAGGGCCCCAAGCAGCGCAAGGAGAAGAACUACCUCGAUGUUGACCUGCGCUUUGUCGAGGCUCCCCGCAGCUCUGGCGAGCGUGGUGGUCCCCGUGGCCGUGGUGGCCGUGGCGGCCGUGGCGUCGGUCGUGGUGGCCGUGGUAACGGUCCUCGCGGCGGCGGCGAGCGUGCCACCGGUCCCACCCCCGUCACCGUUGACGAGAAGAACUUCCCCAGCCUUGGUGCUUAAAUUAGCCCCCUCUGAUCGAAAAAGGCAAUGCUACGAUUUACCAAAUGGGUAUGUGGUCAAAAACGGAUAACACAAAAAAGGCAUGCAGGAUUGGUGAUGGUGGGAUCUUGAUUAUCAUCAAAACCUCUCAUAUCAUAUCACAUCAGAAGUUUAAAUUGACUUGAAGCUUGAGAUACGAUCUGGAUAAAAAAAAAUUUUCUUUUUUUUUCACUGUUUUCCGUUUCUUGCCUCCUUGUAAUUGUAUGAGAAUAGCACACGCAACGCCAAAACACUGGAUACGGGUAAU